AUGGUACUAAACGAACAGAAUGAACCCAUAGUGGUUGGGCAUGAGAGGCCAACCUAUGUAUCACAUGACCUCACUGUUUUGAAUCCUCAGAAUCUCGUCAUAGGAGUAGAGAAGGAGCCUUGGAUAGGAGCGAGUUGUUCUGACGAUGAAAAUCACACUGGGCCAUUCUUUUAUUGUAUGCAUUGCAAUGAAACGCAGUGUGACAAUUGUUGGUCUACCCAGAGAAAACACAAGAAGCCUGACCCCGGUCACAACAAGACCAGUCUUGAAGAUGCCAUCAUAGUGCAUUCUACACUCAACGUCAGACUGGAUGAGUAUGGCCUUCUGAAAGACCAGAUUGAGCGGCUACGGACGCCCGAACCGCGGCGCUUGGAUCGAAUUGCUAGCGAGUGGUUUGGAGUCAAACCCAAGAAUGACGAUGGAGAGUUCCUUCUGACGGAGGGACUUGCAUAUGAUUUGAUAAUGGAUCCUGUCUGGACAUCUGCAUCAAGUAUUUACCCUGGGCUGGUAUCAUUUAUUGGCGCGACAGGCUCUGGAAAAAGCUCUUUGAUAAGCCUGUUGUCAAAGUUCUCAUCAUCCCCGCUUAGGAAUCUGUUCGAAACUCCUACUGUUGGUGAUUCGGGAUCUACUGACUCAACUUCUUCAAACGUCAAUCUCUAUUCUGACCCGGACUCCUUCUUGAAAGAAAACCCGCUUCUUUAUGCGGACUGUGAAGGAAUGGAUGGCGAUGAAAUGCCUGCUGCUAUGCGGAACACUCCCCCGUCUGCUUUCCAAACAUGGGGUCUCGAUGCCCGUGAUAUUACUUGGGAAACAGAGCCCGGUAACGGCGGGAUAUGGACCAGGAGGGUGAUUACCAAAACUCUCUUCCCACGAAUUCUUUAUAUAUUUUCCGACGUGGUGGUAUUUGUUCCUCACAACAGAAUUGGACUAGAAGAAUACAUCUUUCAACUGGCCCAAUGGGGCUACAGCGCGACUGUGCAAGCAUACAACAAACCCGUACUGCCGGGCGUCAUCAUUGCUUUUGUCAAUAGAGACGGACAGGUAGAUCCUAAAGACUACGACUUGGACAAAGCCAAAGAUUCACUGUUCGAUAAACCCAGUUUCAAGGACAUUACUAGGGACCCAAAGCUGCAGGAGCACGUUGGAUACUGGGCAGAAAAUGGCCAGAAAAUCACAACCGCGGAGGAGCUUCUCUUGUGCUAUUAUUCUUCCAUCAACGUUGUUCAAUUUCCUGAUGGUAAGGACCCUACAAGAAUGCGUCAGCAGAUAGCGAAGCUCUACCAGAAGAUCAACACAGUGUGCAGUGAUCUCCGCAAGCAAAGGGAAAUAGCUCUCAUGAAGUGGGAUGCUUCCACUCUUCCUCGAUUUAUCCGCAAGGCCUUUACACAUUUUGCGUGUAACUAUCAAAUCCCAUUCAACUUUUCCGAUGCCUGGGUUGAUAUUCAACGACUGUCGUUCAACUACGAGGGCUCCAUUUUUGAUCUGGCUAUAAAGACUCAGAAGGCGCGUGGUAUUUCGGGCUGGGAAUUGUGGGAAGCAAUCAGCGUGUUUUCUGCUUCAUGUCUUUUCCUGAACUGCGUCAGAGAGAACCAACCAGGGUGUAGACCGUCUGAAUUGCAUUGGGAGCAAUUUGAUAAAGCAGCAGAGCGUUAUUGGAACAAGUUCUGGCCUUGCAAGUUCCACAUAGAAGGCAAAGAUGGAACUCAAUACUGUGUGAACGCACCCUCAGGCCACCCGCAUCAUCAGAUCGGCCAGAACAUCAGAGGAGAAGACAAGUCACACGAAGCGAGUCACACACCCGAACAACUCAAGACAAGCUUUCGCGAACCUGUUGAUAACGCGUUUCGGCAAUUCAAGAGCAGACUCAAAGGAAAAGAUUGGCAUGCACGAUCCGAAGAGGCACUCAAGAUUCACCAACAGCAGAUACCGGUAUUUUACAACACCAUCCCUGACAUAGACGAGUUUCUCAGUCAUUCUACAUGUCUCAUCUGCUUAAAUGGGGUUCCGGAGCAUAGCCUUCCCUGCGGACAUAUCAUUUGUAGAUUGUGUGCAAGGGAUGUCGGGAAUCCAAAUUCUGGGGGUUUUCUUCGACUAACGGAGUGUCCUCUUCAUGUGCACCAAAAAGAUCUGUGGAUUCAAGGCUGGGCAGGUUUCGACAAGCCUUCACAAGCAGGGUUGAGGAUUCUAUCCCUGGAUGGUGGCGGCAUUAAAGGAGUGGUCAUCAUCGAAGUGCUGAAAAGGCUUCAAACAUGUCUUGGCAAAAUACCUAUCCGCGAUUGUUUUGAUCUCAUCGUUGGAACGAGCGCUGGCGGCAUUAUUGCUGGCGCCCUUGGACCUGGCGGACUAACCAUUGAGGAUUGCGGCGACAAGUUUGUUGAAGUUUCCAAUAAAGCCUUUACCAAGCCCAAGCCGAGUAUUAUGCCGGCUAAAGUCGGAUUUCUCGUUAACAAGAUGACGGCUUUCUUGAAUCACGGGCUAUACCUUUCGGAACCAUUUGAGACCUCCCUGAAGAAAGAGCUGCCUGACAUACCAACCUUCGGAGGCAAUUACAAAUUUAAGAAACCAUCUGUCAAAACAGCCAUUACGACAUCAACAAGAGAAGGCCAAGUCAUUGUCCUGAGUAACUACAACAGGGUCCCACCAAAACAAGCUUUCUACCAGCUACAAAGACUGGGUCCAGGCCAUGAGAUGCGGCUAUGGGAAGCAGAAGGCAACUUCGACACCACCACUGAGGGUACAAAGCAGGUGUACCUCGAUGGCGGUCUGUGGCACAAUAACCCCAUCCGGAUUGCCGACAGUGAAGCCGCAGCAAUCUGGCCCGAAAAUACACACGCUCAUCCGGAUAUCCUCUUGGCUAUUGGAACUGGAUACCAUGAGUCUGAGAUCCACGCGAACAAUGGGACGCAGGUUUACCUUGAACAGAUCAUCAAUGAUGCCGUGCCUGGAGCUCAAAGUGCGAAGGAGAAGAGCUUCCUACGGGGGAUCGCUGAGACUGGCAUGAACCAAUUUACGAGUAGCCUUAACAGCGAAAGGAUCUGGCAUGAAUGGCUGCAAGCAAAGUCACCAAGCACUGAAUUCGAGUCCCGAUACAGGCGCGUCAACGUCGAGUUUAGCCGAGUCGUACCGAUGGAUACUCCGACAACUGAAGCAUACGAUUGUUGUCAAGAGGCUGUCCGAAAGCUUCCAGACGAUCUUUUUGAGUCUAUCGCUGACCAACUCAUAGCAUCAUGCUUCUUUUUCAGGAUUGACAGACAGGCUACGCCUGAGUAUCCAAGAGAGGCAUAUCAGUGCCACGGUGUAAUUGAAUGCCGCCUACAGCCAGAGGCCAUCAAGCUUCUCGGUCAACGCUUUGAGUCAAUGCACGUUAUGCACAAACUGCCAUUCUUUACCAUUAAGGAAACCCACAAGAACGGCCCAGAUCCUGUCAAGUCUGUUUCUAUUGAGAGUGUGGUAGCUCAGAUGAAAGACAAAGGCCAGUUCCAAAUACCUCUUACGGUUGAAGUCACGAGCGAACUUGCCGAAACGGAAAUCCUUCUCCACAUGCGACAGAAGGGACAGGUAAUCAGUGGCUUACCAAGAAGGCUAAAAGACGACGAAGAUGAUGGUGUUUACGAGGCUGUUGGAAAGCGACAUGAUCAAGCGUCGCGCUUGAGACCUUUGGUGGAUUUCAUCCUGAGACGCACUUCUAGUGAGGCGUGGAUGAGCCCUCCUGGAAGUGAUACAAGCUCGAAGUGGCGUCACAACUCGUUUAAGAGGAUUUUGAUCAAGAGGAAGAAAAAGUUCUGA